UCACACACUCUUCUCUCUCUCUCUCUCUCUCUCUCUCUCUCAUUGUGAUUCUGUGAAACUUUCUCUCUACCACCAUGGCUUCUUCUGUGUCACCGACACCAUUGUUGAAAGAUGAGCUUGACAUUGUGAUCCCCACCAUAAGGAACCUCGAUUUCUUGGAGAUGUGGAGGCCAUUCUUUCAGCCUUACCACAUGAUCAUUGUGCAGGAUGGUGAUCCUUCGAAGACAAUCCAUGUCCCUGAUGGCUUUGAUUAUGAGCUCUACAAUCGCAAUGACAUUAACAGGAUUCUGGGUCCUAAGGCCAAUUGCAUUUCCUUCAAGGACUCUGCAUGCCGCUGCUUUGGUUACAUGGUGUCUAAGAAGAAGUACAUCUACACCAUUGAUGAUGAUUGCUUUGUUGCCAAUGAUCCAUCUGGGAAAAAGAUUAAUGCAUUGGAGCAGCAUAUAAAGAACCUUCUCUGCCCAUCCACACCUUACUUUUUCAACACCCUGUAUGAACCUUAUCGCGAAGGUGCAGAUUUUGUUCGCGGGUACCCCUUCAGUCUCCGUGAAGGUGUGCCAACUGCAGCUUCUCAUGGUCUGUGGCUCAACAUCCCAGACUAUGAUGCUCCUACUCAGCUUGUGAAGCCUCUUGAGAGGAACACUAGGUAUGUGGAUAUGGUUAUGACCAUACCAAAGGGCACUUUGUUUCCCAUGUGUGGAAUGAACUUGGCAUUCGAUCGUGAGCUGAUAGGACCAGCAAUGUACUUUGGUCUCAUGGGUGAUGGUCAGCCUAUUGGACGCUACGACGACAUGUGGGCUGGCUGGUGCUGCAAGGUAAUCUGUGAUCACUUGGGAUUGGGAAUCAAGACUGGUCUUCCCUACAUCUAUCACAGCAAGGCAAGCAACCCAUUUGUAAACUUGAGGAAAGAGUACAAAGGCAUAUUCUGGCAAGAAGACAUUAUCCCAUUCUUCCAGAGCGCUGUUCUCCCAAAAGAAGCUACCACUGUUCAAAAGUGCUACAUUGAGCUAGCCAAGCAAGUCAAGGAAAAACUUACCAAGAUUGAUCCUUACUUUGACAAGUUGGCAGAUGCCAUGGUCACUUGGAUUGAAGCUUGGGAUGAGCUUAACCCUGCUGGAGCAGGGGCCAAUGGCAAAGCAUAAAUCAACUUUGGUUAACUGCAGAGAGCCAUGGAGCUUGAAGGGAAACUAUAUCCUUAUUGUAAUUUUUCUAGUAUUUAUUACUGGUAUUCGCGGCGGGUUAAAAUUUGCAGCAUUGUUAGCUGUAAUUCUAUUUAGUAACUUAAUGCUUUGAGCUUAGAAACAAUAAAGGACAACAGUCUUAGGGCGUUGCUUGCUUUCUUUUGUUUGAUGGGAUAGAAAGUUUUGUGGCACCAUUGUGUUUCAUCUGAAAUAAGUCUUAUAGGAAGUACAUUGAUGUAUGUCUAGUUUUUUUUUUACUGAGUACAGAUCCAUAGGGAUCAAAUUUUAAACUGAUGUGUUUAGAAAUUUGGAGUUUUCUUUGGUAGUUUAUCUGCCACUGAAUCAUUGUCCUAUUAUCAGAUGCUAUAUUCAAAUUGAAAAAAUCCAAAUCUAGAAA